UCGAAUAUUUUUGGUUAUGCGGCUUGUAAUCGAUGGUCUAUCUUCCAGUUCUAUAAUUUUGAUCGUAAUAGGGUUUUUUAAUUAUUAUUUUAAAUGAUUUAUUUUAAAGAUUUAUAAUGCGUCUAAGUGUUUUAUUGCUGCUUGUUGGAAGUACACAUCUGUGGACAACAGGAAUUUUAGCAAAAGAUAUAAAAUCCAAGACAGUUACUUCAUUAAUUCAUGCAAAAUGGAAAUCAACGCCAAUUGUGUUAGAAGCUUCUGAAUAUUUAGCUGAUGAAAAUCCAGAUUAUUUCUGGAAGUUUAUAAAUGUAAUAUGUAAUCUAACUACACCUUUGUCUAAAUUGCCCAACGAUGAAGCUCGCUACAAUGCAAUUUUGGAAACUGCAAAAACUAUGCUGACCCAGAGUGAGUUAGGAUUAAUGAAGCUAGCUCUUUCUUUACACAUUUAUUCACCAAAAAUUGAAAUGUAUGCGCAAAUUGCUAUUGAUAGAAAUAUACCAACAGAUUGUGCUAUAGUUCUUGAUAUAAACAAUAACUUAUUCUGUAAUUUGGAGGAUGUAGAUAAGUAUUUAAAAAAUGAGGUAGAAAAUGUGGUGGAACUAUUCAAAAUUGACCAUUAUUAUCCGAAUUCUUGUAAUUGCUCCAAUAUGGUGAUAUUAUAUGGUGAACUUGGAACCCCUGAAUUUUCAAAAUAUCAUAAGAUUUUUUCCAAGAAAGCUUCAGAUGGACAAAUAAAUUACAUUGUCAGACACUACAUAAAGGACAGAGGUAACAGAAAAUUGAGAUUGUCGGGGUAUGGAGUUGAACUUCAAAUGAAAUCUACAGAGUACACAAGUCAAGAUGACUCACUUCAACUAGUUAAUGAUACUCAUUCUGAAAUGAACCCUGAAGAAGAUGAUGAAAUUGAUGGGUUUAAUUUCAAGCAGCUAAGAAAUUUGUUUCCUGAGAUAUCACAGAACUUAAGUAAGUACAGGGAAUAUUUAUCUGAGUCGACAGAAGGAUUUUCUUCCCUAAAGGCCUGGCAGUUUCAAGAUUUGGGAUUGAAAGCCGCUGCACGUAUAUUAAGUUCAUCGAUUGAUGAAGUUCUAGCUGUUUUAACCUAUACGGCACAGAACUUCCCAACACAGGCUAGAUUAUUACUAAGAAAUCAAGUAACUGUUCCAGUGAGUGAAGAAAUAAAAUAUAAUAGCGAAAUUUUUUUGGCUAAUCUUAAUUUGCAACCAACGGAUACCGCUCUGUUUAUAAAUGGAUUAUUUUGUGAUAUUGACACCAUGGACAUAUUUGCCUUAGUGGAUGUUUUGCGAUCUGAAGUACGAACUACGGAGAGACUAUUCAAAAUAGGAAUAACUUCAUCCGCAAUUCCGCUAUUAUCUUUAGAACUUUCUUCAAAUUCAGAAUCGCAAAAAGGGUUUGCCCUUGAUUUUCGUGAUUCUGCUGUGUGGUGGAUAAAUGAUUUAGAAAAUGAUAGACACUAUUCACAUUGGUCUUCGUCUUUAAUGGAAAUGCUUAGACCUACUUUUCCUGGCAUGCUAAGGAACGUGAGAAGAAAUUUGUUUAAUUUAAUUCUUAUCAUGGAUCCAACAGAGUUGUCUUCAAGGCCUCUAUUGAAAAUAAUCGAAUCUUUUGUAAUUCACAAAGCGCCUGUUAGAAUUGGCAUAAUUUUUUUCUUGGCAUCUGAGGAGGACAAAGAGCGGCAUUCAAGUGGUUUAGCAUUACUUUGUGCAUAUAACUAUAUUACAGAGAAAAGGGACUCUCGAGAGGCUAUUGGAUUCUUAACCGAUGUAUUCGCUAGAAUCGGCGAGGGAGAGGAUUUGACGAUUUCGGACAUUCGCUCAGAACUGGAGCGAAAAUUCAAGUCAUUUGAUUUAAAGGAUGUCUUCGAUGAAGAAUCUAGUUAUGAAUAUGGAAAGCAACUUGCUGCUGAAUUUAUAUCUCGUGCGGGCAUGACAACCAGGCAACAGGCUCUAUUAAACGGCGUUCCUUUGCCAACCGCACAAUUAAAUUCUGACGAAUUUGAAGAAGCUGUUUUAACUGAAAUUUUACAUCAAACACCCAUAAUUCAAAAAGCUAUUUAUAAAGGAGAUUUGCAGGAUCACCAUAAUGUUGUGGAUUUUUUAAUGUCUAAGCCACAUGUGAUGCCAAGAUUGAAUCAACGAAUUCUCUCGACGGAGGACAAUAUAUAUCUCGAUAUGAGUGGAACAUCUUACACAAAUAUCACAAACGUACCAUUUUUACUACAAUUGAAUAACGCAGACUUGACGGCAACAUUAAUUGAUAAUAUCAAGUAUUUUUUUCCUGGAAAAAGAAAUGAAAAAGAUUCAUUGAUGUAUACGACUCUUUGGGUUGUAGCCGAUUUAAAUACUAAUUCGGGUAGAAAAAUACUGCUGUCAGCAAUGAAAUAUAUGAAGUCUAGCGGAGUUGUUCGGCUAGCUUUUAUUCCUAAUGCCGAAGUUAAGGAGAAGUAUGACAUAAACAAGCUUGUCCUUGCUGCUUUAGAAACAAUGGCACCUGUUGAAGCUGAAGAUUAUAUAAUGAAACUUCUUCAGCAAAGACCUCAAGAAUAUUCUGUUGAUGAUCUGGGUUUUUCGACAUUUUUUAAAAAAGCUAUUGUUGAACAAGAUGCGAAUUUAAGAGUUUUGCGGGUAUAUUGUCAGAGAGUCUUCAAUUUUCCAAUAUCUGCUCGAGGUAUUAUUUACAAUGGCAGAUUAAUCGGACCAUUAAAUGAUAAUGAGCAAUUUUACAUAGAAGACCUAGCUUUGUUAGAAAGAUUUAGUAAUAUGAUGUAUGGAGAUAAAUUAAAAGCAAUUUUGAAGAAUGGAAAGGAAUUUCAAGAUGGUAGAUUAACUAAUGAUGUUAUUAUGAAGACCGUAUCACUACUUGGAUCUAGGACUCAAGUUAAAAGUCGUUUUGAAAUACCCAAAGUUAAAGAACAUCACAGUGUGAUUAAGAUUCCAGCGAAGGAUAAUGAAAAUAUUGCGAUGGAAUUGUGGGCUAUCGUGGAUCCAGUUUCCCAUGGCGCACAAAAAUUAGGCCCUAUCCUAAAUACUUUACGGAAAAUUUUAAAUUGCAAUAUAAAAAUAUAUUUGAAUGCCGCUGAGAAAUAUAGUGAUAUGCCAUUAAAGAAUUUUUAUCGGUUUGUUUUGGAACCCGAGAUACAAUUUACUUCGAGUGGAAAAGCAACACCUGGCCCGAUGGCAGUAUUUAAUCGAAUACCUACCACGCCUUUAUUUACACAAAAUAUGCAGGUGCCUGAUAAUUGGCUAGUUGAAUCCGUUAAAUCAAUAUAUGAUCUAGAUAAUAUUCGUCUGCAAGAUGUCGAUAGUGUUGUCCACAGUGAAUUUGAAUUGGAAUAUUUGCUGCUGGAAGGACAUUGUUUUGAUAGUGGGGGAUCUCCCCCAAGAGGUUUGCAAAUUACUCUUGGAACAAGUGACGAACCACUUUUGAUGGAUACUAUUGUCAUGGCUAAUUUGGGUUAUUUUCAAUUAAAAGCAAAUCCGGGUGCUUGGUUGAUAAAUUUACGUGCGGGACGUUCUAAAGAUAUGUAUGACAUGAUAAGUGUAGAUGGAGUCGAUGUAUCCAAAUCAUCUGACUUUAGAAUAUUACUAUUGUCAUUCCAAACCAAGGUUAUAAAACUUAGAGUUGCUAAAAAGUCUAGUAUGGUGCAUUUAGAUUUAUUGGGAGAUGAUGAUUCGCAGCAUGGAUUGUGGAAUUCUCUAACGAGUUCGUUUAGCAAAGGAGAAGCUGACGAAACUCUAAAUAUUUUCUCACUUGCUUCUGGACACUUGUAUGAAAGAUUUUUGAGGAUUAUGAUGUUAUCUGUUUUGAAAAAUACGAAAACACCGGUGAAGUUCUGGUUCUUAAAGAACUAUUUAUCGCCUGCAUUCAAGGAUUUUUUACCACUUAUGUCUAAAGAAUAUGAAUUUGAGUAUGAAUUAGUUCAGUACAAAUGGCCUAGGUGGCUACAUCAGCAGUCUGAGAAGCAGCGUAUCAUUUGGGGUUAUAAAAUCUUAUUUCUAGAUGUUCUGUUUCCUUUAAGUGUAAAGAAAAUUAUAUUUGUCGAUGCUGAUCAGGUUGUACGAGCUGAUAUGAUGGAAUUAUAUAAUUUGGAUCUCAAGGGAGCUCCAUAUGGAUAUACACCAUUCUGUGAAAGUCGAAAGGAAAUGGACGGUUUCCGAUUCUGGAAACAAGGAUACUGGAAAAAUCACUUACAGGGACGGCGUUACCAUAUAAGCGCGUUGUAUGUUGUCGAUUUAAAAAAGUUCAGGAGAAUUGCUGCAGGUGAUAGAUUGAGAGGGCAAUAUCAAGCACUUAGUCAAGAUCCAAAUAGUUUAUCGAAUUUAGAUCAAGAUUUGCCAAACAACAUGAUACACCAGGUGGCUAUCAAAUCGCUUCCACAAGAGUGGCUAUGGUGUGAAACAUGGUGUGAUGAGGACAGCAAAAGUGAAGCUAAAACAAUAGACUUGUGUAAUAAUCCGCAAACUAAAGAAGCUAAAUUAUCUGCUGCUGUCAGAAUUAUUCCUGAAUGGUCGAGCUAUGACAAUGAGAUUAAAACCUUACAAAAUAAAAUUGAUGCUAGCCAUUUGGCAGAGGACAUUGAUGGAAAUGCUAAUCAAUUAUAUGAUACUGAUGAUUUCAUAAGUUCAUGGCACAGUGAGUUAUGAUAAAGGUUUUUUUUUACCGAGAAAUGAACUAGUGAUUAAAAUUUGCUAAAUAAAUAAAUUAAUAUGAAUGAG